UGUUAGCAUCCCUCCCAUGAAGUCGACGCACUGGCAAUCUUGGCUCGUGAAUAUUCUGCUUUUAGUAGUCGUACGGGGUUCCCUAUGGUGAUAACGCCGUCGGAUUGUAACGGCCUGCUGUGAUAACUUGUACGAGUAAAUCGCGAAUUUUUCACUCAAAUUUUCAGUGCGGCGCCCCCGAGGAAUUUUUUUUCCAAAAUUAUUUUUACCCCGAAUCGUAAAAAUCGUGCGUAAUUUUUUCGUUGAAAUUUUUUUUCAAAAAAACUAUUUUUAAAAUUUUUCUUGUCAAAUUUCGCGAGUUUCGAGUAAUAAAUGAGUAACUUUUAGUAUAUUUAUUAUUGUAUUUUGCCAAUUGUUAACGUAAGUUUUAAUCGAAUUCGUUUCAAUAAAUUGCGUGCGUUUGUUUCUAUACAUCUGAAUGUAUGUAUUUGUAGUUUCGUGAUCGAAAUCGUGGAAAAUUGUCGUCGAAAAUCUAUAUUUAAUUGAGAAAGAAUACAGUGAGUAAAUAAUGUUGCUUCUCAAUCUCAACGUAAAUUCAUCGGUGAAGAGUUUGAGACGCGGUGGCCAGUGAAUUUCUACGCAAAUACACGUAAAGAAGGGACCUCACAAAAAUUCGGUGCUGAUAUGAACUAUUUAUCAAAGUCGAGGAGGAAUCGAACUAGACGCGGGGAAUGUACCAAAAGUAUAGUCCGAAAAUGAUCAAUUUCAUGGACUCGACUCUAAACGCGAGCAUGGGUAUCAAACUUAGUCCGCCGCCACCUCAAGAUGACGCUCAAAUGCUGGCUCAACAAGAGCAAUCUCAGUUCCAUCACGGCCACCAUCAUCACUACCAUCAGACGACGCCGACCAGCUACGCUCAUCCGAUGGCACCUCAUCUCAACACCCAUCACGCCGGUUACCCGAGAGAUUUCCUCAAACGUUGGGACCACAACGAAUUCGCAACCGCCGGCUCGACUCCGGCUGCCGGAGGCGAAGUAUUCUUUUCGAAUAUCCAUCCGCUGGACGAUCCUCUGAUGGCUCACCAUCAUCACCAUCACCAUCAGCCUCAUCCCGGUAUUUAUCCUUACACGCGAACCGACGCUUACGCUCAGGACGCUUUCCAAUACAACCAUCACAUGGCACCUCCUCACGGAGCUUUCCUCAGGUACAUGAGGCCGGGCCCCAGCAAAGAGGAGCACACCUGUUUGUGGGUCGAUCAGCCAUCGGGCGCGAGGAAAACCUGCGGCAAGACUUUCACGUGUAUGAGCGAUAUCGUCGGUCAUCUGACUAUGGACCAUGUCGGAGGACCCGAAUGUACCACGCACGCUUGUUUUUGGCAAGGAUGCCCGAGAAAUGGCAGACCUUUCAAGGCGAAAUACAAACUGGUCAAUCACAUAAGAGUGCAUACUGGAGAGAAACCGUUUCCUUGCAUGUUCGCCGGCUGCGGAAAGGUUUUCGCCAGAUCGGAGAAUUUAAAGAUACACAAACGAACGCAUACCGGAGAAAAACCAUUCAGAUGUGAAUUCGAAGGAUGCGACAGGAGGUUUGCAAAUAGUUCUGAUAGAAAGAAACAUUCCCACGUUCAUACAUCGGAUAAACCUUACAAUUGUCGGAUAUCUGGCUGUGAUAAAUCUUAUACCCAUCCUAGUUCAUUAAGAAAACAUAUGAAGGUACACGGAAACGGAAAAACGUCGCCGGUCGGAUACGACGACACCGAAGAUUCGAACAGUUCGUCGACUUGCUCGACAAACGUUACAGAAUCGCAACCAGUUCAGGUUACCAAUUCGGCCGGAGGCAUACCAUCGACCACCAGCAUACAGUCGCCGAGUUCGAUAACGACGCUCGGCAUCAGCGGUCCGCCUCCGCCCGCCACCAAUUUACCCGAUUGGUAUACGAACAUGCCGCCGCCGCCAUCGGCGUCCGAUUAUCACGCGCAUUCGCUCAACCAUCAUCUCAAUCAUCAUCAUCAUUUGAUGCACAAUCAUCAUCACGGAGCCGCUACCGCCUACUGAGAUAACUCCCCCACUUCGCAACCGCACUUUUUAUCCGUUCCGUGGAGACCCUUAUAACCAAAUUUAUGCUGAGGUCGGCGCUUCUCCGUCUUCAGCACAUUUUUGCAAAAAUUCGCCUUUCGCCCAAAUCUAGAAUGGUCGAUUGUCUCUUAUUCGUCUUAUGAACAUGGAACGUGAAAGUUUUUUUAGUCAUUACGCGUUUAAUCGCGAUUUUAUUUCCUUUCUUUGUUCGCCUAUUUACCUCUGUUAUGUGUGAAGUGGGGGUUACCCUUUUUUUGUUUUAUUUAUUUUUAAUACCUACUAUUUCUGUUACUUUUUGUACAUAAUCUCUGCCAAGUAGUCAAAUUUAUAUGUGUAAUGUGUUAAUAUCUUUUUACGCCGCAGCGCCGCGGUGGUCUAUGGUCUAUUUAUUCGUAUAUUAGGGGUUUUCCUAAUUGUACAAAACAUUUCCCUUUUUAUAAUCAAAACACAAAUACAAACGAACCAUUACUUCUGUAAAAUCGAGUCGUCCUUUUUCAAGUAACAAUAAUAUCUACUACGUAAAGCUACCUGUUUACUAUAUAGUUUUUUGUUUUGUUGUUUGUUCUCCUGUUCGGUUGUAGGUUUUUUUAAUUUAUUACUUAUUAGACCUUUACGUGUUUUUCUUUUAAAUUAUUUUGACGGGGCACUUGUGUUUUUUUUUUUUGGAUUAUACGUGAUACUUAUGUUUUAUGACUUUUAUAAGUAGGUACUUAUCUCAUGUAUGCAUAUGAUACGACGCUUCAUUUACGACUACGGACAUGUAACUACCUUAUAUUAAUACCUAAUUACGUAUCUAGGUACAGGGCAAUCAAAGGAGAUGACAAAAACAAGUACACCAAUUUUCUCGUAUAUUCUUUCGUGCUUAAAUUAUUUCAAAAAUUUAAUUUUAGUAAAUGUUCGUGUGAUUGUAUUAUUAUUCGUUACGCUAUAAUUUAUUAAAUCUAUCAAAUAUUUCUGUCUACGAAUUUUAAAUCGUUCGAGUCCUCUCCUCUCUGAAAUUUUUUUAUUUUUUGAAAAGUAACACAUCUCGAUGAAAUUUUUUCAUGGCGUCGUAAUAACGAUCUUUCAUUUUUUAUGCUACAAUGUAUUUUUUUUCUUUUCUUAGUCAAUGUACCAAAGGAAGUAAAUCCCUAUGAACAUUUUCAACGAAACCAGUUUCAAUUUUUUACACGUAUCUAUUUGAUUGGUUUACAGAUGCGUGAAGAUUUUUUUUUGUAUAUAAUUGAUAUAUUUCGAUGAAUAGAAAACAGAAAAAAUUGCGCGAUUAUUUAUUUCUAUUAGCUUACCAUUUAUUUUCGUAAGGCUAUGUUCAUAAAGUGUAAAUCGCUGUAUAAAUUUUACGAAUUACGUUUGAAGAAUAAAUUAUCUUUUUGAUUUACAUAA